CACUCUUCUUCAUCCUGUUUUCCCGCUCAAUAGCAAUGGCCGCAGUCGCUCUCAAACGCACCGGGCAGAAGAUGCCCCUCGUUGGCUUCGGUCUCUGGAAGGUCAACAGAGCCACCUGCGCGGAGACUGUCUACAACGCGCUGAAGGCUGGCUACCGUCUUCUCGACGGUGCCGGUGACUACGGCAACGAGAAGGAGGCGGGCGAGGGUCUCCGCCGCGCGAUCUCGGACGGCAUCGUCAAGCGGGAGGAUGUCUUUGUCACCUCCAAGCUCUGGAACACUUUCCAUGCCCACGACCAUGUGAAAGCCCUGGCAAAGAAGCAGCUCGGCCUCUGGGGCAUUGACUACUUUGAUCUCUUCCUCGUCCACUUCCCCAUCUCGCUCGAGUAUGUUGACCCUUCGCACCGUUACCCCCCUGAGUGGUGGGGCGAUGACAAGAAGGUGCACCUGGCAAAGGUGCCGUUCCAGGAGACCUGGGGUGCCAUGGAGGAGCUCGUUGACGAGGGCCUGGUGAAGAACAUUGGUGUCUCCAACGUCCAGGGCUCUCUUCUCAUCGACAUCCUCCGCUACGCCAAAUACGAGCCUGCGGUCAACCAGAUCGAGCUGCACCCGUACUUGACGCAGGAGCCCCUGAUCAAGCUGUGUGGCACCCUCGGCAUCGCGAUCACCGCGUACUCGUCGCUCGGCCCGCAGAGCUACGUGGAGCUCGGUGCCGACAAGGGCGCCAAGAACCUGCUCGAGCACGACACGAUUGCGAGCAUCGCGUCGAAGCACUCGAAAUCACAUGCGCAGGUCUUGCUGCGCUGGGCAGUCCAGCAGGGCCUGGCUGUUAUCCCCAAGAGCAACAACCACGACCGUCUGGUCCAGAACCUCCAGGUCGACGCGUUCCAGCUCUCGGAUGCGGAGAUCAAGGAGAUCAGCUCCCUGAACAUCAACCUCCGACUCAACGACCCCGCCGACAUCGACCCGCGCAUCGCGAUCUUUGCGUAAAAUGUAGGCAGAAGAUAGACGGCGGAAUGCUGUGUAUGUACUAUAUACCGAACGCUCUAGAACCCCGCAAUGAAAUACCUGUAUUCCCUAA